AUGCCUCGGGGACAAAAGAGCCGGCAUCGCCAUAAUGCAAGGGCUGCAGAAGAAGAAAACCGCAAUAAUCGCAAGAUUCAGGCUUCAGAGGCCUCUAAGACCCUGUUGGCCGCCUCUGUGGUCCCAUGCACCCUUGAAGACAACCUGAGCGGCCCAAAGGAAGAUCUGAGCACUCUGGAGAAGACCUCUACUCCCCCUGAAGAAGCCUCCAGCACUGCUCAAGGGCAAAAGUCUUCAGUGGUCCGGAGCAAUUUUCAGGGCACCAAGAAAAGUCUCCUGAUGUCCGUAUUAGCUCUUAUCUUCAUUAUGGGCAACAGCGCUAAAGAAGCCCUGGUCUGGAAAGUGCUGGGGAAGUUGGGGAUGCAGCCUGGGCAGCAGCACAGCAUCUUUGGAGAUCCAAAGAAGAUAGUCACAGAAGAGUUUGUUCGCAGAAGGUACCUGAUUUAUAAGCCAGUGCCCGGCAGCAGUCCCAUUGAGUAUGAGUUCUUCUGGGGCCCUCGAGCACAUGUGGAAUCGAGCAAGCUGAAAGUCAUGCAUUUUGUGGCAAGAGUUCGUAACCGAUGCUCCAAGGACUGGCCAUGUAAUUAUGAUUGGGAUUCAGACGAUGAUGCAGAAGUUGAGGCUAUCCUCCAUUCAGGUGCUAGGGUUCAUUCUGCCCCCUAGGGAAAUCUGAGGCAGACCCUGGGGAUGUGGGAAAGAGAGUUAAAAGUACCCCAAGGAGUAGCUAACUUGAGUCCUGAGUAGAAAACAACUCGGAUUGGGGUGGGAGGAGCACUAUAUUUGGUAUUUUUGG